UUCUCCGGCGAAUGAAUUCUUAAACCUGAAGGAAUCUCACCAGCGCGAGCGCGAGAGCCAGUGCAGCAAGCCACCGCCGCCUUCGCCUCGCGCGCUGCAGCCAAAUCGAACCCACGACCAGCUCGAGAAGGCAAUUUGGGAGGAGUCGGGGAAUCGGCGGCGAGUUGUGGGAUCCGCAGGGGCGAGGAGUCGCCGCAAUGGAUCCGGCCGGCGUCGACGGCGGCGUGUGGAUCCGCGCGGCGGUGGCCGUCGCGGCGGGCGGCGCGAUCGCGGCGCGCGCGGUCCGGCGCAAGUCCGUGGACUUCACCGCCGUCUUCGCCGGCGUCCCGGCCAUGGUGGCGCACACCGUCGCCGGGUACAGGUUCGCGGGGCUGCUGCUUGUGUUCUUCUUCACGGCGUCGAGGGUGACGAGGAUCGGCGAGGCUAGGAAGCGUGCCCUCGAUCCUGAGUUCAAAGAGGGCGGCCAGCGCAACUGGAAGCAAGUCUUGUCAAACAGUGGUAUCGCAAGUAUCUUGGUAGUCCUGAUAGCACUAAUUACUGGAGGUGAAGACAAAUGCUUGGAUUCAAAAGAGUCGGGUCUUGUAACUGCCCUUAUUGGUGGUGUUAUUGGACAUUACUCUUGCUGCAAUGGUGAUACAUGGUCUUCUGAGCUUGGCAUACUUAGCAAAUCUGAACCACGAAUUAUCACAACAUUCAAGAGGGUGCGGAAGGGGACCAAUGGCGGGGUAACCAUAGAUGGACUUCUUGCAGCAGCAGCAGCUGGAUGCUCGAUUGGGCUUGCAUUUGUGCUGAUAGGAUUCUUAACAACUCAGUGUGCUUCUGAUGUAUUUUGGAGGCAACUGCUAGUUAUACCCUUAGCUACAGCUGCUGGACUAUGUGGAAGCCUGAUCGAUUCAUUACUGGGCGCAACGGUUCAGUACAGCGGGUACUGCAGCGUUCGCAAGAAGGUGGUUGGAGUAGAUGGUCCAACAGUAAGGAGGAUUUCUGGAAUGAACAUACUGGACAACAACGGCGUCAAUGUAGUGUCUAUCUUCUUGACAAGUCUGCUUACUGCCUUGGUGUGCACAUGCAUUUUCUGAGGUCUAGUUGGGUUGUAGUGGUAGCACCACAUUACAGAGGAUAACUAGGAAGGAACACGAUUGGUAAAUUAGAGCACGGAAUCUUGAAUAGUGGUGUUGUUCAUUUAUUUACUAUUGGUGAUAUUGGCGAUUGUUGAUUUAGCGUUAGUGUUUGACACCAAGUAUAGACUUCUAAUGUAAAAAUUCGGUUGUAGUUAUCCCAUUCAGAUGUAACACUGAAUAUUCGGAUAGAGGAAUGGUUCUGCCAGAAUAUUGUUUCUCUGAAACUAUUUAUUUGUAUAGGCCAUUUGAUUAGUUUA